GCCUGUUGUCAUCAUACAGUCGAUGUGUACUCAGCCAGUCGUCAGAGUCAACCCAUAGACUCGUACGAUCCUCUCAAGUUGUGGCCCUUCUAGGCAGAAGAUUCGCCUUGGUCGGCCAGACAACUGCCAUACGGCCCUGUGCGAACCGUAUCCGACAAGAGACUGCCUGAGCGUUUCCAGGACUUCGAAGUCGUGACGUUGUGGAGCUACGGCCUUCAAAUCGUCGCAACGAGCCCUUUAGCCAGGCAGAACAAGGCUGGCAUCUAUGUCGGAAGGAGUACCCGCGGAACUUAGAGCCAAGACGCCAGGACGUAUGCAAUCGGUGGAGCGUCGCGGUCCUGGGGAGCGGGACAUCUCGCUAGCGCAGCCGCUGGAACUCCCGCUUGAGCUGAUACAGCUUAUUCUCAAGCAGGUCGAUUCUCUGCGUACACUCGUCAUCGCAAGUUCUGUAUGCCGCGCCUUCCAACACGAGGCCGAAUGUCUCUUAUACCGAACGGUCCACGUGUGUCAGGUCCCACAGAUUCGAAGUCUGCACCACGCUCUCACCCAGUUUCCGAUGCGCGCAUCUUUUGUCCACACAUUCGAACUUGAAGGUGAAUGGCUGGAACUUCAAGGCGUUGUCCCGCACCUCAGCAGGAUCCUCCUGCUUCUCACACACCUUGACGUCCUGAAACUGUCAUCGACGGCAUUCUUCACAGACUGGGAUUUCUGCGUCGCCAUGCUGUCUACACUCGCAAAAUGCCCGUUCCGACUCAGGUUAUUCACAUCCCGUGUCUUCUACAGUCCGGAGCUUCUCCGAUUCCUCGGACAACAGACUGGUCUAGAAUCCCUCCAUGUCGCGGAUUUAAGCUACUAUGUGUACUCUGAUGACGGGGCGAUAUCACCAACCAUCCUCCCAAACGUCAAGUAUCUCCGGACCGACCACACAUUUUUCCUACGCACUAUCACCACCGCUCACGCAAUCACACAUCUUGAUCUCAACCUUACUGAUCGGGAUCAUCAACCUCUCGACGCAGUCCUCAAGAUUCUUGAGCACCAGCUCAUUAGUCUCAAGUGCAAUCUGUUCAGCUUCCACCUGAGGCGUCCAGCCGGGUGUAUACUGUCAGACUUGAUUAACCAGAGGCCCAUGCCGAAUCUGCGGUAUCUUGAGGUCAAGGAUGUCUUACCCAGUCUUGUUGUAUGUGUUUAUGUUUUUCCAUGCCAUCUCUCUGACUACUCUCCCCGCAGCUCGAGCCACUCUCAGCCGUUGAUUAUAUGCACAUGGGCUCGCAAAACACCGCAUUAGGCACGCUUGUUUGGUCCGCGAGUUUUGGAAGGGCCGAGAGUACCGCACACGACAAUCGUUUGACUUAUAUUCGUCCUUGGGCAAAGGAGGUCCUGAAUAGAUACAGCUCUCUUCGUCGCGUGUUUUACGCUGAAGAAGACGAGGUAGACGGACACAUGAAAAUAGUGUUCGCAACGCGAUUCAUGUUAUCGCCCUAUGAUCGUACACUAUUGGAGGAAAGGACGGAGGCAAAGGACUUGCCUCUGUGGUCAGAUAUUUGAGGCCCAAUAAUGAUAGGUCGCUGGUUCAUGUUAACGUUGUAGCUGGAUGAUGUCUAUAUAACAAUGCUUAGAACGGAGGUACACCUAACACGGGAAGUUGUUCGUGAAUUCGAGCCAAGUCACUGGCAUGCUAGGUUCUGUAGUUCUUGUAUCAUGAAACAGAAACAUUGGAAUUUGGAAGAGACAGGCGAUCAUAAGUCAAGCAGGCUGGAAUGAAUGUGAGCGUAC